GGCGGAAGCGGGGAUGGCCGAUUGGUUUCCGGUGUGCGGAGGAUGCUCGCCCCCCUCAGGAGAAGGGAGCCGGACUGAAAGGGUGGAGGAGACCGACGUCCGCUGCGAGCGGAUUGUCCUUUCAAGGUUAAUUUGGAUCUCGCCCAACUAAGCGUCAAUUCGGAGCCUUCCGCGGAGUGGGGAAACCUACGGCAACAUGGCGAGCAGGGGAAGUACAAGAACCAACGGAGUGGGCCAGACGAAAAUCUGCCAAUUCAAACUGGUGUUGCUGGGGGACAUGGCAGUUGGCAAGUCUAGUUUGGUGUUACGCUUCGUCAAGGGUCAGUUUGAUGAGUUUCAGGAGACCACCAUAGGAGCUGCCUUUUUAGCUCAGUCUGUGUGCCUUGAUGAUACAACGGUGAAGUUUGAAAUCUGGGACACUGCGGGACAGGAAAGAUAUCACAGCCUCGCCCCCAUGUACUACAGAGGGGCGCAGGCGGCCAUUGUGGUGUUUGACAUCACCAAACCGGAAACGUUUGAUCGGGCGAAGGCGUGGGUGAAGGAGUUACAGCGGCAAGCCAGUCCCAACAUCGUCAUCGCUUUGGCUGGCAAUAAGUCCGAUUUAGCAGAGAAGAGGAUGGUGGAAUUUGAGGAAGCUCAGUCAUACGCAGAGGACACAGGACUCUUAUUCAUGGAGACGUCGGCCAAAACGGCAAUGAAUGUGAAUGAGCUGUUCCUAGCGAUCGCAAAGAAAAUGCCUAAAUCAGACGCCCAGAACCCAAGCCACGCUGCCCGCAACAGGGGUGUAAAUGUGCAGGGCUCGGACCAGCAAUCGAGGAGCGGCUGCUGCAGCAGCAAUUGAUCACACGGGGACAGGCCCCCAUCUGUAUACAUUUUAUACACAGAUUAUUGUGAACACUGUUUAGGAUGCUGCCUCCUGUUUUUUCUACAGCUGGUGCAAAUUUGUUUGGCUUACUACUAUUAAUAUUGUAAUUAUUUUCUUUUUAUCACAGUGUUAAAAAAUAAGAAACCACAUAAUAUUUAAAAAAAAAAAAAAAAAGCCCUACUUCAUCUCCAUUUAGCAAAACGCUACACAAAGCAGUAAUAUUUAGCAGUCCUAGUGGGUUGGUGCAGUGGAGGAACGAUACGACGUAUUAUAAUGCUUUUCUCCGAGCAUGUCCAAUUGACUGUUAAUAAUCCGCUGCCCCAAUCUUCAAGUCUUAAAAACACACGGCCUGAACUUUUGUAUUCCUCGCUCCGUUCCUGCAUCAAGAACACAUCACGGAACAGCGUUUUACCGGCGCUUACAGGAAACCAUCUGCAUGUGGCUGACCUUGGACAGUUGAGGAGCAAAUGGACUAUUUAGCACUAAUGAGGUUUCCAUGGAGCUGAUACGAUGUGCACAUUUUUUUAUUUUUGUACCUCUACUGUGUGUUUGUUUGAUCUCCACCAGUCAGAAGACUUAAUACAUCUCGGCACGUCUUGCUACCUUGAUGUGAUUGGCUUCCCCCUCCUUGGCAGAAGAACAAAGCACUGUGUGGACCUGUUGCACUUUACCAUGCAUCCAUUUUUAUUUAUCCAGUGAAUACACUGAUUUGUAGCCCCCCCUUCCCCUUCCCCUUCGUGUACGUUACUCCACUCCUAAUGUAAAGAGAACAGCUUUGGAAAAGCGAUAGAACAUGCUCUGAACAUAACUUUUGUAUUUGCACCUUCAGAUAAUGUUUUACUUGAAUCAUAAAAAACAUUGAUUUUUAAUGUAACAUUAAAGCAAAGUCAGUCGUA